AUGUCACACCCUGCAGUCUCAAUUAUUAAAAUGCUACCAGAAGAUUCAGGGAAUAACUUGUUGGAAAAUCCUGGGGAAAAAGUCACUCAGCGUGUCGUCUUACUUCCAAAACAAAGUAGUGGAGGAAACCAACUAGUUUGGCGCGGUGGCUGCUUGCAAAGCAUAUUGAGUGAUGCUUCGUCUCAGAACAUUCAUCCCAUCUUAGGAAAGCCAGGAAGUGAAGCAGAAAAUUCUCAAAAUACGGCACUCACUACAAGUUGUUUCGGAAGUAAACCGUUCCCAUCGUCAACACCUUCCAUGUGGAAUCCAAAUCAACGAUAUUCUGCCAACGAUGCGACUUACCAGGACACAAAAAAUAGUCUUAAAAGACCUAGAGGUGUCUUAAAUUCUAAUGAUGCAGGAAGUAAUAGUGAAUCAUCUGAUGAAAAAUCAUCUCCCAAGGUUCGCGCAACUAAAUCUCGUGGUCGGACACAAACAAAGCGUUCAGGGAGAAAAAAUACUGCUAAGCCAGUGCAACCACUUCUUCUAACCCCACGGUCUUUCCAUCCUCCAGGAAAUUUGUUACUUCCUCCACUUGACCUGAUUUCUAAAUUUGAUGGUUUCGCUUCAUUUGAAACGGACAAGUUGACAGCAAAUAAUAACUCGAGUGGACUGCCAACUAUUAAUGAGGAAAAUAAUGAAGAAGCAACAACAACAACAACAGCUAAUUCUGCAUCUGUAGCAACUGCUGGUCGAAUGAAAAGUAGUGCAGGAAUAAAUGACAUCGAUUUUGAGGAAUUAAAACACUACAGACGUCUGAAUGGUUACUCUUUGUUUGUUCAUGUAAAUAAGAAAAAGUAUGGUUCUUCUCCGGGAGUUGCACUAGUGGAUGAUGCAAACGAUGCUACUGAUAACAAUCCAAGUAGUGUGGGUACAGGAAAGGAAAAUCAGAAGUCAUCGAAUCAUAGAUGGCAGGCUUUAUGGCUGACAAUGCCAGAGAAAGUUAAACGUGAAUGGAAAAACAAGGCAAGGCGUCUACUAAAACAAAUUGAACAACACGGAAAACGUGAAACUGUCGCAGAAGAUCGAAAAUUAAAAGAACGUGAUCGUUUGGAAGUUCAAUUGAGUCGUACUCAAACAACAUCUUACAGUCUACUUGAUUUAGCUGCUCACUUCCAGUUGCUAAGCGAUCGGUUUGCAGUAUUUGCUAAGAACGUUAGUGAUUAUGAGGGACCAGUCGACCCAGUUGGCGUAGAAUCCUUACUCCUUGACGGGCUUUUAACAUGUUUGGUCCCAUUAAUUGCUUUAGCUGGUGAAUUGGAGCCAUUUUCAAAAGUUCCCGACCCCAAGAUUAUAUGCGAUGCUUUAACCAAUCUUACUUUCAUUGCCCCAUUCUAA